CCGUCACCAUAGAGACGGCGCCGCUUCCGGUCACCGAGAGGGAGCGGCCAGAGCGGCGGCGGCGGCGCCAUGGAGGAGGCGCAGCGGCGGGCCCUGCGGCGCGGGCGGGCCCGGCUGGUGGAGGCGCUGCAGGUGGCGCCGCUCUGGGACCCGCUGGAGGAGCGCGGCCUCUUCACCCGCACCAUGGUCGAGGAGCUGCAGAGCGCCGGCAGCCGAGGAGACCAAGCCCGGCAGCUGGUCAUCGACCUGGAGACUCGAGGGAAACAGGCUUUUCCUGUAUUCCUCUCGAUCCUGCGGGACACCGGGCAGGGUGACCUCGCAGACAUGCUGAUCAAGGAGUGUGAAUGCCCACCAGUAUCACCACAGCUGGUAGACCUGAGGCCUGUUGAGCUGGACUUACGUGGAGAAAAGCGUAAUAAAAAUGUGAACUUCCCUGAACGUUUGUCCAUCCCGGUCCAAGCUGAGAGUGAAAGACCUCAGAUGCCUCCGGUGCCAGCCCGGGGUUCGGCCGUUGACAAGAGGAACCGCGAUCUGGUUUACGAGCUGAAAGCGGACCCGUGCGGACAUUGCCUGAUCCUCAACAAUGUCGAGUUCAGUGGAGACACGAAUCUGUCGACUCGAGACGGCUCCAACGUGGACUGCAAGAAGCUGGAGAAGCGCUUCAAGUCCUUGCACUUUGACGUCCUGAUUCGGCAUGAUCUCAAAGCUCAGGAAAUGGUUUCAGAGCUGCAGAAGCUGGCGCGGCGCGACCACAGAGCCUUGGACUGCUGCAUCGUGGUCAUCCUUUCCCAUGGGUGUCAGAUGAGCCAUAAUCAGUUUCCCGGAGGCGUUUACGGAACGGAUGGAAAACCCAUUCCAAUAGAAAAGAUUGUGAACUAUUUCAAUGGGUCCAAUUGCCCGAGUUUGAGAGGAAAACCCAAACUCUUCUUCAUCCAGGCCUGUGGUGGAGAACAAAGAGAUCGAGGCUUUCCAGUGGAUAGCGAUUCACCCGGCAACGAAGCCCCUGGAGGUUCUUUGGAGUCGGAUGCAACUCCUUUUCGGACUCUGUCGGGUGGCACGGACGAGCCGGAUGCCGUAGCCAGUUUGCCCACGCCCAGCGACAUCCUGGUCUCCUACUCCACUUUUCCAGGUUUUGUCUCCUGGAGGGAUGCCUCGAGAGGCUCGUGGUACGUGGAAACGCUGGACAACGUGCUGGAGCAACACGCCCGUUCGGAAGACCUGCUCAACAUGUUAACGCUGGUGGCAAACGCCGUCUCUGGCAAGGGGAGGUUCAAGCAGAUCCCGGGAUAUUUCAACUUUCUCCGUAAAAAAUUCUUCUUCAUGUGCAAAUGACGUGUGGGCUCCAAGGUCCCUGCCAAGUGGGAGAGUGAUUCCUCUGCGGCCGGAUGAAAUCUAUGCCCCCUGUGGCUCGGCAUCAAUGCUGCCGGUGGCCUUUGUCUGUCUGUCGAGAUGUUUGUCUUGAGAAACGUAACCUGUGAAUGCUGUCCUUGCUGGGAAAUAGAGAAAUGAUGGAGCCUGGCGCUGUGCUGAUGGAAAAUGUUAGGGACGGAGCAGGAAUGGGUGAAGGAAGCCCCUUUGCCGGGGCACGUGCGGAGGAGAGUGGCUGUAGCUCGCUGCGAUGCGGCUGCGCUGGGCCUCCGAGUAUUUUUGUAUGAUGAUUGCGAUGUUUGUGUCCUUUCUGCUUGGACAACCCAUUGAUGGAAUCAAGGUCUGGCUCUUCAGUGGAAUGGAAUGAUUUUUGCAAUUGAUACUUCUCAUUUUCAAUAAAACGCAAUGAA